AUGGAUUUCAUCUUUCUUUGGCUAGUGACUUUUGUGCUAGGUUUCUGGAUAAACAAAAAACUUAGGCAAUGGAAGACUCUUCCGCCUGGGCCUUGGGGCUUCCCAGUUGUCGGUUACCUACCGUUCUUCGACCGCAACAGCCCUCACCUAACCCUAACAAAGCUGGCUAGGGAAUACGGUCCGAUCUAUUCAAUCAAGAUGGGAAGUAUUCCUGCUGUGGUUCUUUCGGACCACAAACUAAUUAGGGAGGCCUUCGCUAAAGAGGAGUUUUCUGGUCGUGCGCCUUUGUACCUGACUCACGGCAUCAUGAAAGGCAAUGGUAUCAUUUGCGCUGAGGGUGCUCUGUGGAAAGAUCAACGCAAGCUGAUAACAACAUGGUUAAAAAGUUUUGGUAUGAGCAAGCACAGCCUUGCACGCGAUAGAUUGGAGUCCAGAAUCGCUUCUGGCGUUAACGAGUUGAUACAAAAUGUUAAAGAAACUACUGGAAAGCCAAUAGGUUUGACUGAAAUGGUAACAAAUUCUCUUGGGAAUGUUAUAAACGAUAUUAUAUUUGGGUACAAAUAUCCACAUAAUGAUAAAACAUGGAUCUGGUUUAGACAAAUACAAGAGGAAGGCUGCCACGAAAUGGGUGUGGCUGGUGUUGUGAACUUUCUACCAUUUCUACGGUUUUUCAUGCCAUCAAUAAAAGUGACAAUGGAGGUACUAACACGUGGGCAAGCACAGACCCACAGACUGUACGCCAGCAUCAUAGAAAAGCGUCGUAAGCUAAUCGGGAUCCCGCAACCGGAAAAGGCGUUCUAUGCAGCGCACGAUAACAUGUUCAAUGAACACCCACAAGGCCACAUCAAAUGCAUAACCUACAGUAGACAUUCAUCUAACUCAGAGCAUUAUUUCGACCCAGACGUUCUUCACGCUUCCAAAGACGAAUGCAUUCUUGACAAUUUUCUGAAAGAGCAAAAAAGGAGGUAUGACGCAAACGAAGAGUCUGCAAAAUAUAUGACCGAUGAACAAUUGGUGUAUCUUUUAGCGGAUAUGUUUGGGGCCGGGCUCGAUACUACGUCAGUUACGAUUGCUUGGUACUUUUUGUUUAUGGCGUUAUAUCCCGAAGUACAGGAACAUGUUCGCAAGGAAAUAAUGACUGUAUGCCCUGACGAGUCUGAAAUAGACCAUACAAAACUUCCUUACUUGAUGGCGACGAUAUGUGAAACACAACGAGUGCGCUCUAUAGUUCCCGUAGGAAUACCCCAUGGUUGCGUUCAGGACACAUAUUUAGGUGACUAUAGAAUAGCCAAAGGUACUAUGGUUGUACCCUUGCAAUGGGCUGUACAUAUGGACCCCUCGUCUUGGGAAGAGCCAGAGAAAUUUCAACCUUCGCGCUUUUUGGAUGAAGACGGGAAUUUAUUAAAACCCCAAGAAUUUAUAGCCUUUCAAACAGGUAAACGAAUGUGUCCUGGCGACGAGUUGUCUCGAAUGAUAUCAGUUGGCCUAAUUGCACGAUUUUUCAAAACUUUCAAACUUCGACUCGCCUCUGACCCACCGACAGAGGAGGAAAUGAUGGGAAAAGUUGGAUUGACUCUCUCUCCACCAGAAACCAAGUUUUUUUGCGAUCUCAUAUAG